GUCAGAUACGUAGUCCGUUAGAUGAUCAGAUCCCCGUCGGUCUCAAAUCCCACAUCAUGUUCGUUAUUUGUCAGUUUUUGGUCUAGAAAUUUUUUGUUUUUCCGAUUCGAAAGUUUUCACCUUUUCCCGUCGAACACUCCUCCGGCAAAAGAAACUCAAAAUUCAAUGUUUGCUUGAAAUCCAGAGCCCGUCCUUAGAGCGUACUGGAGUGGAGUGGCCGCCGAAGUAGCUGGUGCACCGAAAACCUGAGUUUCCGAGUCCGAGGAUCUAGUGCUGCUUCCGGAGGGGGGUCCCCAGAUCCAACUCCACAUCCACACGUUCGCCUUGAAGCCGAGGGAUCGUCGCACUCGUGAACUAUGUGACAGCGGCACUUCGGGGACAGCGCCAGGGCCGGGAUUACCACUGGGCCUCCGGAGCAACAGGAGCCGGAAUCGCAACCUGAGAUUACGACGCCGCAGGGCACAGGAUCCGAGGAGCACAACCAAACCCCGGGCCACAAGGGACCCGUCGCCAUGGCCAUUCACGAGCAGAUCGACAACCUCAAUAUCUGGUGGUUUCCGCGCGACUUCUGCCAGUCGCGCUUCGGCGAGUUCCAGCAGAGCGGCACCAACUCCUGUACCCUCAUUUCGCUGAUCCUGGCCGACAAGGUGGCCAAGGCGGAGAGGUUCUACCACCGGGUGUCCGAUCUGCCAAUGCGGGGAUGGGAGCUCUUCGGGAACGCCAUGAACGACGGGAACAACGUGUACCACAACGUGAUCACGGCCAACACGCCCCAGGCCAGGAACCUCAACCUCAACAUUCCGGAUGCGAUCGCGGCCAUUCGGUCGCAGCACAAGAUGAACUUCCGGCUGGAGGAGUGGUUCUACACGCACAUGGAGGCCGAUCCCAGCAGUCCGAUGUACAACCGGAACGUGGCCGUGCAGCUGUCGCGGAUCUUCCAGAUCACGCUGCAGGUGUUCCAGCAGGCCAGCGUGCGGGACAACAUGCCCUCGCACCUUUUCGCCGCCAUCAUCGCGGACAGUCGAACGGUGAUGGUAACCUUCGAUUUCCGGGCCUCGAUCGUCGCCCUCUUCGACUCGCACCAACACGGGCGGGAUGCGGGCGCCGUCUUCGCCCAGUGCACGCUGCAGAACAUGGACGACCUGCUCUUCUGGUUCAUCAGCAUGCUGCACAACGUCUACUCCAGCCGGCCCUCGCUCUUCGAGAUCUCCUUCCUCAGCUCGCAGCCCGGUGUGGCCAAGCGCAUCCCGCCGGCCAUCAAAAAGAUCGCAGGAGACCUAAAGAAGCCGGUCAAGAUGAACAUUCCCAGGCCUUCGCAUUGAUCACUAUGGCAGACGGCAAACGACCAGUUCACAUCCCACCAGCCUAGGCUCGAAGCAACGGACCAUUCAAGACGUAAAUCUCAAGUUUCCUAUAGCCGAAUUCGUGUAUUUGGGCCUUCAGAAAUUAAAUUCAAAAUUUUCAGUUGACCAUCAACUAAUAAAUAACGAACACCAAUUUUAUG